AGAAUCGCUAGAUCGUGUUCGUCAAUUACACUUUUUUCUUUUUCUCAUAAUAGUCGACACCCUCCGGUGAUAUUUUGGGCGCUCAAUCAUAUUGAAUUAUUACAGGGGAAUUGUUGUCAAGAUCUUGCUUUUUUUGGGAGGCGUUGGUUAAACCAGUGAAAGAUUCGCAGCCGAUACAUUUACAAGAACCGAAGAAUAUGGACGGUUUGGAAAAUGACGAAAUGAAUGAUAAAAAAAGUACAAUGGAAUCGAAUAGUCCAGAAAAAAUAAUCGGCAACGGAGUAAGUGAAAAAGCAGAAAAACCGCAAUCACCUGAUAACGUAAUGCGAGGCAUGUCUGAGACGAACGUGCGAGAACGUAUAGAGAAACUGCGGAACGAGGUCGAUGGCAUGAUGACCGAGGUAAUGAAAGAUCUCGAAGGCUUCGACAAAUUCAACGGCGCCUAUGCUCGUCGUCUUGACGACGCCGAAAGAUUGUACUCUGACAAAAGAAAACGUGUGGAAAGUGGAAUUCUACCGGAAAAAGAAUUCAUUCGAAGGAAUUCAGUCCUCACCGAUCUUUAUGAAAUUAAACAUUUUAGGACUAUAUACAAUAUAUUUGUGAUGAUACUCAUUGUAAUAUUGCUGCAUACGGUUAUCCACGACGUGCUGCACACUGGGUCGGUCUAUCUUGGGUGGAAACUUGUGUGGAGAGGAUUCGCUAAACUUUCGAUAGUCAUAGAAGUUUGGUUGAUGAUGCUCGUCUCGACUUUUGCUGUUUACAGCUGUUUUAAUUAUUGGGCUCAAAGGCGCACAGACAUGACUCCUAAAUCCAUCAAACGGAAAGUUUGGGACUCCGGAUGGCUCGUACUUUUCGUUGUUUAUCAAAUAACUCUACUAAUUCUUCCUGCUCAGAUUAUCAUCUGGGAAAAUCUCCCUCCGAUCUCUCGAGUCAUUAUUCUCACAGAAACCGUACGGAUGGCAAUGAAAAUGCACGCUUACGUAAGAAGCGUCGCUCCAGUCGUUUUGUCUUAUAAGCCACACUCCGAUGACGAGCAGUUGAAGUUGCCAGACUUUUCCACGUUUCUCUACUUCCAUUUUGCACCAACUCUCAUAUACCGCGAGACUUAUCCACGGACAACAGAAAUUCGAUGGCGUUUCGUUCUAUGGCACUUGUUCGAAGUUGUUCUCGUGAUAUUCAACAUGGCAUUUAUAUUUGAGCGUCACCUCAUACCACCUUUCGAAGAAUUUGGCAAACAUCCAUUUGAACUUCGUUCUUUCGUGCUGUCAAUCUAUGGCACAUUCUUUCCCAGCAUACUCGUAUUCGUAAGUGGUUUUUACUGUCUUCUCCAUGCGUGGAUGAACGCAGCUGCAGAAGUGACGAGAUUCGGUGAUCGGUUGUUCUACAAAGACUGGUGGAACUCGACGACCUAUGGAACAUUCUACAAGCGUUGGAACGUCGUGGUUCACGAUUGGCUGUAUACUUACAUCUACAAAGAUAUCUACGAAAUCGUGAUGCCAGGAAAUCGUUUCAUCCCAGCGUGGACGGUGUUUUUCGUAUCAGCAUUGUUCCACGAGUACAUAAUCGGGGUAGCAUUUCAUUUAUUCCUUCCGAUGAUGCUCGUGCAGUUUGGAAUCAUAGGAUUUCUGCUGGUGUUUCUAAGGCUGGGUAAAUCCUGGGGUAACAUAUUUCUCUGGUUUUCGUUGUGCACCGGUUCAGGACUGAUGAUAAGUUUCUAUUCGAUAGAAUACUUCGCGCGUGUUAAUUGUCCGAAAAGGUUGGACGGUUUAACGGACUUAUUCCUACCGAGAAGCUACACUUGCCUCUAAAUUCGACGUCUAUUCUUCGAUCAUUAUUUUAGCGUUCGUGUAUUCGAUUAUUUAAGUUGCGUGAAACAGGACCAAAAAGUGUUUGUGCAAUCUACUAAUUUCCCAGCUCUGACAAUGAGUUCCUUAUUUUCAUAGUGUAAGUUCGAGAAGCGGGGAAAAUCUUUUGACGCUAAACUACAGAGCAGUUGUACUCGUCACUUUCCAAUUAUCUAUGUUUACUGAUUUAUUUGUAACGUUAAUGAAAAAAACAUUAUUUUUUUAAAACAAAGAAAUAUAUUUAUCAUCGAGGCUUACAUUAA